GGUUUCGAAAGUGCAUGGGUGUGUAGGGGAGGGGAGCUGGUUCUGUGUAAUUCUCUCUCACAGUUAGGCCUAUAUAAUGACAACAAACUCGAGAUCGUGCAUGGGUGCCUCAGAAGGUUUAUCAGUAUUGAGAGUGAAACUAACAGAACAGCAAUAGACAUUGAAUUUUGGUCUACAUGUACAUAGCACACCAUGGAAAUGAGUGAAGCUUCUAUAAGACUUGCUCCACCACCGGCUGCAGGUCGCUCUGUCAACGUAGCCGAGGCAGAGAGGGCAUAUCUCGGAGAGAGAUGGGAUCGAGCGGAAGCCCCCUCCAAACCUGAUGAACUCGGCGUGAAGAAUUUUGACUUUGAGUUGGUGACAAACCGUAAACAUCACAACACCGCAGACUAUGAGAUCAGGAACCUAUUCGUCAGGCGAGGGCAGCCCUUUGAGCUUACUGUCACUUUCAAUAAGGCCCCAAGAGAGGAGUUAUUGACGCUUCAGUUGGCUGUUAUAGGUUCAAAAGUUUAUUCUGAAAAUCGCGGAACGGUGAUUCGCUUGCCCUUCAGUCGGUCAGAGUCAGAAACCCGAGGCGACUGGGGAGUCUACGUUCGAGGCGUCGAUGGUGCCAAGUACUCCCUCCUGGUCAGCAGUCCUCCGGAUGCCAUUGUAGGCCGGUAUCUCGCCUCUGUCAUCAUAAAGGAUAAAGUGGAUGCAGAACCGAGAUAUUUCAAACAGACUGACCCAAUCUACAUGCUCUUCAAUGCGUGGUGCCGUGAGGAUGGCGUCCAUAUGGACGGAGACACUGAAAAAUGGGAGUACGUUCUCAACGACUACGGCUUCAUCUUCUUUGGACGGGAUCAACCUGGAAACCAGUUUGCUCGACCGUGGGUCUUUGGCCAAUUUGGAGAUGUAACCACCAAAGUGGUGUUUGAUCUAUUAGAAACAUGGGUCCGAGAGAAAUCUCGUCGUGACCCAGUCAUCGUUUCCAGAAUGUUCACCCAUUUUGUGAAUUCAUCUUCUGGGAGUGAUAAGCAAGGAUUGCUCGUCGGAAACUGGAGCGGAGAUUAUGAAGGAGGUGAGAAACCAACAACUUGGACUGGCAGUACCAAAAUCUUUGAAACGUACGCUAAGUCAGGCAAGGCUGUCAAGUAUGGCCAGUGUUGGGUGUUCAGCGGGGUGCUGUGCACCGUCAUGCGUUGCCUAGGUAUUCCCUGCCGAAGUGUGACCAACUUUUCCUCGGCUCAUGACACCGAUGCUAGCAUGACUGUGGAUACUGUGCUGGACGCUGAAACAGAAGAGGAGAUUGACUAUCUCAGUCAAGAUUCUGUGUGGAACUUUCACGUUUGGAAUGAGGUUUAUUGCAGCCGGCCUGAUCUCCCCUUCAUGAUGGGCGGGUGGCAGGUCAUCGAUGCUACACCUCAAGAAACUAGCGAAGGUCUUUUCCAGAUGGGGCCUUCGCCAAAAACUGCCAUCAAGCAAGGCUUGACUUACCUGAAAUAUGACACCAAAUUUGCAUUUGCAGAGGUCAAUGGCGAUCGCAUAACCUGGUUGGCAACCAAAAGAGGAUUUGGACUUCCACCGGAAAUGACUAUAUUAUCUGAGAAGAAGAACGUCGUCGGGAAGUUCAUCAGUACGAAGAAACUCCCAUUGGGACCAGGCGGCUACGUGGGCCGAUGGCGGUGCCGGGAGGAUAUUACUCAUGAGUACAAAUUUGAAGAAGGCAGUGAAGAGGAACGCAACGCCGUGGAACGAGCAGUUUCAUAUGGCACCAGGCCAAACACUUACCGACCCGACAAAAAGCCAGACGACGUUGAGAUCGAGAUCGUGCUAGCGGAGGAGAGGCCCGUAGGAAGCGAUAUUGAAGUCAAGGUGGCGAUCGACAACAAGAGCAAGGAUUCUCGAACUGUUGCUGUGAGCAUGAUUGCCUAUAUGAGUUACUAUACAGGUGUGCUGAAAGGCAAGAUCAAGAACACAAAGAAGGAACUUACCGUUGCAUCUGGCAAGUCUACCCAUGUCCUUGAUUUGGUCACAGUGGGGCAGUAUGCAGAGUUUCUGGUUGAUCUGGCUUGCAUGAAGUUCUCUGUCUUCGGGAAAGUCAAGGAAACUGGCCAACAGGUUGUGAGCCAGGACUCUGUCUACCUCACCACUCCUGAUCUGAAGACCGAGUACAAGAUCGUAGGUUACGAUGUCGAAGUCGAGACAGAGUUCGUGAACCCUCUGCCGUUUGAACUCACCAGGUGUACUAUCAACUAUGAGGGCGCCAAACUUGUGCGCUCGACGACGGCAUUUGUCAAUGAUGUACCUGCGAAAGGCAUCUUUAAACACAAGAUGAGGUUUUCUCCACAAGAGAAGGGAACGAAGAAACUUGUCAUCGACUUUGACUCCAAGCAAAUUGGCAACAUCACAGACAUCGUCGAAAUAGAGAUCCCAUAGAAUGUGUAAAUCACGUCCUCUUGUAUUAAAGUGGCAACAUCACAGACAAGAGCGAAAUAGAGAUCCCAUAUAGCAUUUGUAAAAUUACCUUCUCUUAUUGUAUUAAAU